UGCAGCAUAAAUAGAAAUUGAGUUGAUGGCGAGGGGAAGUCACACAACAGAGUAAAAGUUUGAACCAAGCACCAAGGACUGGACCUUCAGACGCGGGACAAAAACAGAAGAGGAUUGAGCAGGAGACACCGCACACAAUCCUGAAGAUGGGAGACUCAAUCCAGUUAAAAGACGAGGGAAACAAACACUUCCAGGCUGGAGAUAUUGACAAGGCCAUUGAAUGUUACACGAAAGCCAUCAAAGAGUGCAAGGACAAGAAAGUGCUGGCUGUCAUUCACAGGAACAGGUCAGCAUGCUACCUAAAGAAGGAAAACUAUACUUGUGCAGCAGCUGAUGCAUCCAAAGCAAUCGAUGUCGACGCAGCAGACAUUAAAGCCUUGUAUCGGCGGUGUCAAGCUCUGGAGAAGCUUGGAAAACUAGACAUGGCUUUCAAAGAUGUGCAGAGAUGCGCCACCAUUGAACCAAAGAACAAGACCUUCCUGGAGACUCUCCGCAGGCUGGGGGCAGAAAUCCAGACCAAGCUCAAAACAUCAUUCUCCACAGAUUCAAGAGUACAGAACAUGUUUGAUAUUCUCCUUGAUGCAGAGAUGGAAAAGGACAAGAGGGAAAAGGCGGCCAACAACCUGAUUGUGCUGUCACGAGAAGACGCAGGAGCCGAGAGAAUCUUCCAGAACAAUGGAGUGCCUCUGCUGCUCAACAUGAUCGAGACGGGCAAACAGGAGAUGAUCCUCGCUGCUGUCCGUACUCUGUCGGGAAUGUGCACAGGUCACAAGGCUCGGGCCAUGGCUGUGAUGCACAUGGUGGGUGUGAAUAAGAUGUGCAGCAUCAUGGCUGUGGACGACGAGGAAAUCUCUCUGGCAACCUGCAACCUCAUCCAGUGCAUUAACGACUCGCUCACCGGUGGAGAUACACGGGAAUAUGGGAAAGAAGAGGCCUUGGUUUUGGAUGCAUCUAAAGACCUGAAAACCAUUCUGCUGUCGCUGCUGGAGAUGCUCAUUAGUAAGAAGGUGUCUGGCCAUGGCAGAGACCAGGCGCUGAACCUGCUGGCCAAGAACGUACCACGCAAAGACAAGAAGGAGAAAGAAAACACCACAGCCCUCUUCACCAUCGAUCACGGUCUGAAGAAGAUCCUCAAGGUGUGUGGUCAGGUCCCUGAGCUGCCAGACCAGCUGCCGUUAACAGAGAACACACAGCUGAUCGCCAGUGUGCUCCUCAACAAGCUCUACGACGACCUCAAAUGUGACCCGGAGAGAACCAACUACAGAGAAAUUUGUGACGAAUACAUCAAAUCUAAAAUUGACCCCAAUAACAUGGAUAAGACACUUCACGCUAUCAACACCAUCUCCGGAUUGCUGCAGGGACCCUUCGACGUGGGCAAUGCCCUGAUUGGGCGGCAAGGCAUCAUGGAGAUGAUGGUGGCACUGUGCGGCUCAGACCGCGAGGUGGACCAGAUGGUCGCCGUGGAGGCGCUGAUCCACGCCUCGACAAAGAUGAGCCGCGCCUCCUUCAUCAUCUCCAACGGCGUGUCACUGCUCAAAGACAUCUACAAGAACACCAAGAACGAGAAGAUUAAAAUACGUUCACUGGUGGGUCUCUGUAAACUGGGCUCAGCUGGAGGUGAUGACUACAGUUUACGGCAGUUUGCUGAGGGCUCCACAGAGAAACUGGCCAAGCAGUGCAGGAAGUGGCUCUGUAAUCCCCAGAUUGAUAGCAAAACAAAGAAGUGGGCCAUUGAGGGUCUUGCUUACCUGACUAACGACGCUGAUGUGAAAGAUGACUUUGUUGAGGAUGAGCUUGCCAUGAAAGCCAUGUUUGAACUGGCCAAGUCCAAGGACAAGACGAUCUUAUACGCAGUAGCUUGCACUUUGGUGAACUGCACCAACUCCUAUGAAAAGAAGGACAUUCUCCCUGAGCUGGUUCAGCUUGCCAAGUUUUCAAAGCAACACGUGCCCGAGCAACACCCUAAGGACAAGAAGGACUUCAUUGACAAGAGAGUGAAAAGGAUGUUGAAGGCUGGCAUCAUAUCAGCUCUCACUGUCAUGGUCAAAGCAGACAACGCCAUCCUCACCGACCAGACCAAGGAGCUGCUGGCAAGGGUUUUCUUGGCGUUAUCAGAUGAUCCUAAAGACCGUGGUAUUAUUGUAGCUGAAGGCGGAGGAAAGGCUUUGAUUCCACUCGCUCUGGAAGGGACAGAAGCUGGAAAAGUGAAAGCCUGUCAUUCUCUUGCAAAGAUCGCAGCAAUUUCCAACCCUGAAAUUGCCUUCCCUGGUGAGAGGGUAUACGAGGUGGUGCGGCCUUUAGUCAACCUCCUUCACUCUGACAGAGAUGGAAUGCAGAACUACGAAGCUCUGAAAGGCCUCACCAACUUUGCUGGCUUCAGUGAAAAACUGAGACUAAAGAUCAUGAAAGAGAAAGCCCUGCCCGAAAUUGAGAACUACAUGUUUGAGGAGCACGAGCAGCUGAGGCAAGCUGCCACCGAGUGCAUGUGCAACCUCGUGACAUGUAAAGAGGUUCAAGAGCGUUACCUGGAAGACGGCAACGAUAAGCUGAAGCUGCUGGUGCUGCUCUGUGGCGAGGACGAAGACGAGCUUCAGGUCGCCGCGGCUGGAGCUCUGGCCAUGAUCACGGCGGCUCAGAAGAAGCUCUGCACCAAAAUGACCCACGUGACGGGCCAGUGGCUUGAGAUCCUGCAGAGGUUAUGUCUCCAUACUCACCCCAGCAUCCAGCACCGCGGCCUGGUGAUCGUCUACAACAUGCUCAACUGCGACGACAACGAGCUGGCCAAGAAGCUGAUCGAGAGCGAGCUGCUGGAGAUCCUCACGGUGAUCGGCAAAGCGGAGGACAAUCCCAAGAGGCAGGAGCCCAUCAACGUGGCGCGCACGUGUCUUGUCAAAGCUAUGGAGCUCUGCCUCAUCAAACCUUUCUCCACCCCUUCUUAAAAUGCCUGCAGCAAUGGACCUUUUUAUUCUUUCUUUACUUCCUUUGUUAAAUAGAGACAUUUCGUUUUUUCCAAAUGCCUUUUUCUACAUCAAAGAUAUUAUAAAUCCCAGUCUCUUAGCAUUUUCUCUCAUAAUAUCAGAGGCUACUUUUAAAAAAACAGGGAUGAAUGCAGGAGUUCCCUGGCCUUUGUGCACUAUAGGAUCAUAAAAAGAAAGAUAUGAUGUCCUGUGAUGCACUAAAUCAAGAUGCACCAGGUUUUAUAUAUAUUGUCCUGUGAUCAAUAUACAAUGAUUAUGACAGGAUGAUCAACACACAUGGCCAUUGUGCACCAGUCUGUUGUCAGUCCAUCACAGAACCCAUUUCACUGAUGCACCCGUUUGUAACAUUUGCAGUUGAACUGCAGGUAAACUUGUAGUUUAGUCCUGGAUAAAGGUGAAAUGACUGAAACUCUCUUAGCUUCAAACAUCGUUCCGGUUCUUCUUCUCCUAUUUUGGUUUUUGGAUCCAUCAAAAAGUUUUGUUGUCUUGUACAAUGACAAUAAAGGCUUUCUAUUCUA